GAGAAAGAGCUAGAGACAGAGCAGAUGCAUUGGCAGGAGAAGAGCUGAGGCUUUUUUUUCUCCUUCCUGUCUCUCUUUGUGUGUGUGUGUGUGUGUGUGUGUGUGUGUGUCGGCACAGAUUAAAAAAAAAAUGUGAUGAAGGUGGGCAAGGACCACCACCGCCUCACAGCAAGCUGCUCAUUCCCCAGCCUGAUUGCCCGAGCUGCAUCCAGCGUGGAUGUGGUUGUGCGGCAGGCUAACGGCGCGUAAGCAGGGGGGCUCCAUGGCUCUGUGGCAGUGAGAAGAGGAGGAAAGAAGGAGGAAAAAAAACAGAGGAGGGGCUGUGGUGAGCUGGUGGGCUUCCUCUGCCUCACAGACACAUUUUAUUGACUUGCUAAUUGGAUGAGGCACUCGGAGGAGAGGAUGCAGUGACCGAGAGGAGCUGCUCUCCAGAGGAGGCAUACAUGCAGAAGAAAGCAUUGCUUGGGUUGUGGAAAUCGGGCUACUUUAUCCCUCUUUCUUUUUUUCUUUUUUCUUUUUUUUUUAGCUUUUCUCGAGACAUAACAACAGAUGUUUUUUCAGCAUCUCUCAGUGACCCUCACACUGUGCAUACAUAAUUUUAUGCAUGACAUUGUCGAUCGGAGGCUCCAGCUGCCAGACGCUUCGUGACAAGUGAAUGAUUUCCAUUUUGUUGUUCCCCUUUCACCUGUUUUCAUCUUCAGUUGGAGCUCUUUUCUGUCAGCCUUGUUUGAUGUGCCAUUUGAUAUGAAUGGUAAUCCGGUGGCAGGAUGAUUUCUUCGUAAGAUCAAAUGUGCACGGAGCCGUGAAUGGAUACUCUUCAGUGGGGAGAGAAAAAAAAGAAGUCUCGUCCUGGUUGCCAUGACCGAGGUGUGCAGGUCUUUUGAGGUCAGAGAGCAGGUGUCACUGCACUGAGGUCUGCUGUCCCAAUGAGCAAAGCAGGCAACCCACAGAGACGCACCACCUACCUCAUAUCCCUCACUCUGGUGAAGGUUGAGGCUUUGCCAGAGGAUGUAGCAGGGAGCCAGACGGAGGCUCUUCCAGAGGGGGAAGGGAGCCCUAAGAAGGAGGAAGAGGAGGAGAAGGAGGAGCUGAACAUUGCUCCUGACAGGGAGGAAGAACCUGUGUGUCUGGAAGUGGCAGAAAAAGAAAACACAGAAGUAAAAGAGGAAGUAGAACAGGUGCGGGUCAAGUAUGGCAGCCCUAGUGAGAACAGAGGGAAGCCUGAGAGGAGGGAUGGACACCAAAAAGACACUGCAUUGGUUGGUAAGAGCAAAGACGCUUCUUUUGGACACCCACCUGUCAAGCAAAUGGUUAAAGUAUAUGGAGGAACUACCACAGAGGGAACUGUGCGCAGAGAGGGACCUCGCUCAGAUGUCUUGCGCCCUAGGACUGAGCUCUACCGGGAGCCCCCCAUGCUUUUCUUAAAGGGUGAAAAUGGAGCAGACUUGAGCGGUCGUUCACGUUGCAGCCUCCCCUUUUCUGUCCCAUCACAGGUCAGCCCACGUCCUGAAGUCUUGAUGAGAUCCCACGCAGGAGGCAACUCUGCAUGGAGGGAGUUCAGAGAGACCAACACAACAACCUUGUAUCACUCUGCAAAGACUUUGGACAGAAGGGAUAACCGCUUUGGGGACCAGUCCCCCUUAUCGGCAGCUACAACCAUGGGGCCUUAUAGGGCGUCCUGGGCCGACAGCGAUGGCAGGGGGGCGCUCAUACGUCCCGGAGCUCCCGUCAGCGGAGGAUAUUCAGGCAUAAUGACCCGGGACAGCCCUCAGGGGGAGAGAUUUAAGACAGUUUCCGUUUCCUUACCUGGACCUCCCGCCACCGACAUGUCCAGGCCUCAGAGAAAACCCACAAGUCGUACCCUGGACAACAGCGACCUACAUUGCCUCUCCGAGGACCUGAAGAAGGGAAAGGAGGGACAGGGAGGAACAAUCCAGCGUGCUCCUCCUCCUCCCCCUCGUGAUCGUAAGAUGCUCAAGUUCAUUAGUGGGAUUUUUACCAAAAGUGCAGGCGUGCCAGCCGGCGUCAGCACUCCACCUCCGCUGUAUCCACCUGUGGAGAGAGGUUCGAGUGAGGAGGAAGUUGCUUGCACCAGCAGUCAAGAAUGGACGAUGAGCCAAACUGUGCAAGAGCUACAUCUGGGUGUUUUGGGCGGUCUGUGCAGUGGGAAGUCUGCUCUGGUCCACAGACAUUUAACUGGAAGUUACCUCCCACUGGAGAACUCAGAAGGACGCCAGUAUAUUAAGGAUGUGCUAGUUGAUGGACAGAGCCAUCUGCUGAUAAUCAGAGAAGAGACAGAACUCCCGGAUCCUCAGUUUGCAAGUUGGGUGGACGCAGUAAUCUUGGUCUUCAGUUUGGAAAAUGAGGCCAGCUUCCAGGAAGUUUACAAAAUCUAUCACCAGCUUGCAAUCCAUCGGCCUGUAACUGAGAUAGCUUUCAUAGUCGUCGGCACUCAGGAUAAGAUCAGCAGCACCAACCCCAGAGUGAUAGAUGAUGCCAGGGCCAGACAGCUCUGCUCAGACGUGCGGCGCUGCACUUACUAUGAAACCUGUGCGACGUACGGCCUCAAUGUGAACAGAGUCUUCACGGAUGCUGCUCAGAAGAUCAUGGCAGCUAAGAAGCAAGCUGCCCUACUGGCUUCUUGUAAAUCUCUUCCCAAUUCUCCCAGCCACUCUGGAGGCUCCACCCCAGUCUCCGGUGUCUUUCCAGGACAGGCGAGUAACGGUGGGCAGAGCAGCGACUACUCGUCCUCACUUCCCUCUACUCCUGUGAUCAGUCACAAAGACAUUGGCAGAACACUGAGAGGGGAGAAGCAGGACGGUACUACGCCUGUCUUGGUCCGUAGCGUCCGAAGACGCACCACUAGAUUCGCGGGCCGGAGAGGCAGCGACUCAAACAGAAGGAGCGCAGACUUUAAGGGCGAUCUGGGCAGCGGGCGCUCCAUUCCCAUCAAACAGGGCAUCUUGCUGAAGCGCAGUGGGAACUCGCUCAACAAAGAGUGGAAGAAGAAGUAUGUGACAUUGUCCAAUGAUGGCAUACUGUCCUAUCACUCCAGUGUCAAUGACUACAUGCUGAAUGCCCCCGGGAAAGAAAUGGACCUGCUGCGAGUGACAGUGAAGGUGCCGGGAAAGCGGCCUCCUCGCGCCAUCCCCACCUGCGCCCCCCCAGCUGGACUUAACGGGCGGGUCAAAGACGUUCAAGGAGCUGAGGUCCCAAUGAGUGCGAGCAGUCUCCUGCAAGUUGAGGAGAUGGAGGGGCUGGGCGGUGCCCUGUUCCUGAGGGGUAACAGAGGUGUGCAGCGAUGUCCUUCCACACUAUCUAACCACGCUCAAAGCAUUGACUCUGCAGUUGAGGGAGUCUCGAGCUCUUCCUCUACCAAAGACGUAGGUUCUGCCUCCCCGGUCACGGACAGAAAAAAGCAUCGCAGAAAGAAGAGCAUGAAUCAGAAAGGAGAUGCCACCGCCGGCCAAGCAGAUGCUAAGCGCAAAAUGUGGAAACUCAAAAGCUUUGGUAGCUUAAGAAACGUAAGCAAGACAGACGAGGAUAACUUUGACUUCCUCAUUGUGUCGAGUACUGGCCAGACGUGGCAUUUUGAAGCCCAAAGUGUGGAAGAGAGGGACUCCUGGGUCCAAGCCAUCGAGAACCAGAUCCUGGCCAGCCUGCAGCUGUGUGAAAGCAGCAAAAACAAGGCUCGAAGGAACAGCCAGAGUGAUGCAGUGGCUCUGCAGGCGAUACGCAAUGCAAAGGGCAACAACUUCUGUGUGGACUGUGACGCUCCUAAUCCAACCUGGGCCAGUCUGAAUCUGGGCGCUCUCAUAUGCAUCGAGUGUUCCGGCAUCCACAGAAACCUGGGGACUCACCUGUCACGGGUUCGCUCUCUGGCCCUGGAUGAUUUGCCACGAGAGCUGACGCUGGUCCUCAGUGCUAUCGGCAACCACAUGGUCAACAGUAUAUGGGAGGCACGCACAAUGGGCCACCGUAAACCAGCACCCGAUGCUACACGAGAGGAGCGGGAAUCGUGGAUAAGAGCCAAAUACGAGCAGAAACUGUUUGUGGCGCCGUUGCCUCCUCCCACUCCCAGCGAGGGCCCAGACAUCACUCUAUCUGGCCGUCUUCUGUUGGCAGUGAUGGAGCACAAUCUCCCCAAGCUGCUGCUACUUUUGGCCCACUGCACUAAGGAGGACAUUAAUGCCCCUCUCAGCCUGGCACGCUCCUCCAGGUCGCUCUUAGCUCUGCGGCUGCCCGCCUCCCCCCUGCACGCUGCCUGUCAGCAGGCUGAUGUGGUGAUGACGCAGCUUCUAAUUUGGUAUGGCUGCGAUGUUCGGUAUCGGGACGCUCAGGGCCAGACAGCGUUGGCUCUGGCUCACAGCGCCGGCAGCCAAGAGUGUGUCGACAUCUUGCUCCAGCACGGAUGCCCGAACGAGCCGCCCCCAUCCGUCGCCGCGACAGUCGGUUUCGCAGCGGCAGCCACAUCCAGCUUCCCUGUUGCCAUGACACCAAGCCUGACGGUUGCCACGACACUCAAGAUCUCGCACAAGAGCGGCGGCACAAGCUUGAGUUACAGCACCUCCAGAAGAGCAGUGUCAUAACCGAAAUGUGGUGUGGCAUAAUGCCUGUGCGUCAGAGUGUGUUAGAGUAUAUGUUUGUGUGUGUGAGUUUGUCACUUUACCCUCACAGUGUCAUUGCGCGUCCACACAGGCCAGCGGGACUGAUGGACAUGUUGCCAGAUGUUGCACUCGUAGAGCCAGAUGAGGUUCUAAAAGGUGUCUGUGUGUGUGUCAGGAGUGUAAACUGUGAAUCACACAGCCACAUGCAGUCUGCUUGAACGAUUUAACCAAAACAAAAGGCAAAGUCUUCUCAUUACGCUUUACAAGUGACGGUAAGGUAAAAGGAAUACGACAUCCUCUGCCUCUGCAUUCAGGUUUAAAGGAAUGUAUUUAUCUGUAUGGAGGACUGAAAGUGCCAAAAUAAAAAUAAGCGCAUAAAUGACAAAAUGUAUAUAAAUGAAAUAAAAUUAAAAUUAUAUUAAAAUUAAUAUACGCAAAGGUUAAUUUAUAAAAUGUGACAUAGGCUGAUAUAGUAUCUUCAGUUCUUCAAUGAUCUCCCUGGGCAGUUUUUUCUGUUGUCAGACUGGCAUUUAUCAACUUAACCAGUUGACAAAAAGCUGAUCCCACUUUAACUGAGGCAAUUGUAGAAAUAAACAUAAAAGAAGGGAAAUAUACAGAAAUUAAUAGAAGGGGGAUUGGGUUGCAAAGGGAAAAAAUGUUGUAAAAUAAAUAAAAUGUAAAAAAAAAAAAAUAGGGGAGUAAAUGUGAAGGAAAAAAAAUAAAGAAUUAAAAAAGAAAUCUAGAUUUAUGCAUUUCAUGGCACUGUAAUCCGUUUUUAUCGACUCAUUCAUUUAAUUCUUAUUCUUAUUUUUGUUUGGUUUUUUAUUUUGGCACUUUUAGUCCUCCACAGUUUAUAUCAGAUUGUAUGAUUCACGUUUCAGAAUGCAGUCAGUGUUCAACUUUAUUCUCCACUCCAUUAAAAACGGCCUCAAAGAAGCUUAUCAGAGUAUCUCCAGGCCAGACAUAAAGAACUGCAAUAAAUUUUAAGAUUUGAGGGGCAUCUUGAAUUUCUAGCGUUAAAGAUCGCAACAGUUUUUCAUUUUGACUGUGAAUGUGUGUUUAUGCUUAACACAGCUGCUAAUUCAGCUCAUAAACGACGUGUAAGUCGACAUGAAAAAGGGAUGGCUGUUUUAGAGAUAAACAGAGUACGUGUAUAGAAAUGCAUUGAUAAAAUACUAUAAUUCUAAAAAAAAAAAAAAAAAGCUUAAUUUUCCAGAGUGUUAUUGUAUGAUUUGUACAGUUGGUUAUGUGUAUAAAAAUCCAAGGGUUACUCUGUUCAGAGAUUUACUGUACAGCGCCCCGGCCCAGUUAUUCUUUGAUAACCGCCUGAUUAACUCUUUGACAUCCAAAACGGGAGGUUUUUAUGUUACGUUUGUAUCGGUGUGUCUGACAUAAAUAAUGUAUAGGAUGUAUGCAUUAUGACUCCAGCAGUAGCUCAUUAUCAAGGCGAGUGUAAAACUAGAUGUGCAAAUGAACAAGUGAAAUGCCUUGAUUUUGGUUGAAUGUAGAAGAAAAAAAACAGAUAAGUUAACUGUUUUAAAGUACUAACAUGUUUUUCCAGAUAAUGCAGUUUUUGGUGGACUGUCAGGGUGUUUUGUUUUUUAUUCCUGCUGUGACUAAUAGAAAGGGAAAGUAGGGUUUGCCAGAUGCAGAUGUAGGCUCUCAUCUACAAAACCUGGAUUUUGAACGAUUCAGUAUUUGUAAACAUGCACCAGAGGAAUGUUCCCCAAUUUAAUAUCUUUUUUUAACGGCAUAAAAACAUCUCUCCUGCGGUACUGUACGUAUAAACUUGUGUUUAUCUGAAGGCUCAGCUGACUAUACAUGUCUGUGAUUUAAACAUCUUCUUCCAUUUGUAUUCCAUUUGUAUUUUUUUACUCAUGCAAUGAUUCACAGAGUAUUCAUUAUUAAUACACUAAGGCUACUGCCCAAGCUGUGGUGUUUUUGCUUAGAGUUGUGUGUGUGUGUGCGUGCGUGUGUGUGUGUGUGUUCAGAUUUGGGUUAUUUAUUGACUUAUUUUGUCCCCUUAAUAAACAGUAUAAUUUACACCUUG